AUCUAACCCGCUCAACUGUUAGCUCGAAAACAUCUGUGACCGUGUAUGAGUUUAAACAGUGACUUAUCCCAUUCCAGUACUUGUAAUCAGUAACAGCUGUGCAGAUGUUGCUCAACUCUAACGACUAUUUGUUGUUUUACCCUUGCAAGCUGCAACGCAAUUUUGGAGUUGAACUCUUAAACAAAGGAUUAUUGUGCCUACAAACAGUCAUAGACUUAAGAUUAUUUCACUAUAUUAAAGCAACAUGUUCUCACGCAAAAAGCCAGAGCCACCGAAGCGCAGGCAGCACGAUUUAUCACAGUUCGGCUUGACGGACAUACCAGAUGACUUUGAUCCGAGCGCUGGCUAUGGUGAUGACGAUGCAGGCGAUAGCGACUUGGAAGCUGAAUUAGCAGCCAUAGCUAGUGGUGGCAGGCCAAAACCGAAGCCCCAGCCUAAACCACAGUUGUUGCCUAGCAGUGAUUUAGACAAAAUGAUAGCAGAUAGCUUGCGUGAUGUCACCGAUGAUGAAGAUGACGAAGCGCUGGAGCAUGAUAGUGAGUUGCUUGGAGAGCUGCAGGGCAUAACUGGCGUGGAGGAGGAGCCAGAGGAGCCAACAUCUCAAUCUGAUGCUACACCUGCGGUACAACCUGAACCUGUGCAGACAUUUUUACCGACAACCACAGUGGAUACAUUGAGUAUUAUAAAGCAACGCUUGGAAAUGUAUAAGAUAGCGGAGGCGCAGGCCAAGGCAGCGGGCGAAGCCGGAAAAGCGCGUCGAUUUGCUCGUGGCCUUAAAACACUGCAAGAUCUGCACAAACAAUCAGCGGCCGGCAAAGCUGUAAAUGUAGAUGAUAUACCACCAGAAGUGAGUGUUAAGCCUGCGGGUGAACCAGCUGCAGCAGCAGCGCCAGUUCCAGAGCCUGCUGCUCCACUAGAGCCCAAACAGCCAAUACGUGCGGCUCCAUCGCCGCCAACACCAAGCACUCCCAGCACACCAGCAACGCCUACACAAGCUGCCGCUGCUGCUGCUGUUAACCCAUUGGUGGCCAACAUGCGCGGUCGUCAGAGCGAAUACAAAGCAGCAGCUGUUCAAGCAAAACGCAAUGGUGACACGGCUGCAGCCUUGCAGUUUCUUCGUGUAGUUAAGCAGUUUGAUGUGGUGGUCAAGAUGUGCGAGGACGGCCAGGAGGUAGAUCUGAGUGACAUGCCACCGCCACCUGCUGAGUUUAUGGCAUUUAUGGCCAAAAUGCAAGAGAGUGGAGGAGAAACACCUAAGGAAGCGGCAACGCAAGUUGCUCCAGCUGCGCCUGUUGCACCUGCUUCAGCUGUUACAACGGCACCUGGCUCCAUGGCAGAGGCAUUGCAACAGCGUUUGGAUAAAUAUAAAUCUGUAGAAGAGUCAGCCAAGGCUGAGAACAAUACCAGCAAGGCACGUCGCUUUGGUCGCAUUGUCAAGCAGUACGAGGAUGCGAUUAAGCAAUACAAAGCCGGCAAACCAGUAGCCUAUGAUGAGCUGCCUGUCCCGCCUGGCUUUGGUCCACUGCCAACUGCAGAUGCAGCGCCAGCUGCAACACCCAAGUCACCAACAUCACCACCCGCCACUGCCAGCACUUCCGCAGGCGAUACACCCAACAGUUCCAAUGCAGUUACACCCACAGCACCGCGCAAAGCGCCAGCAACGCCGCCGUCCAAGGAGCUCACUACGCGCACCUCUGGCAAUCAUCAAAAGAACAAUUUGGCAGAGCAGCAAAUGAAGCUGCUGUUGGAGCGGCAGCAGGAGUUCAAAGCUGCUGCUAUAACUGCAAAGAAAGCUGGCGAAAUGGACCAAGCCAAGGAGUACUUGAAGAUAUACAAAGGCUUUGAAUCGCUGCUCAAUGCAGCCAGCAGUGGAUUGCCUGUAGAUCUGAGCACACUGCCCUUGCCGCCGUCACAGCGCGAUAAUCUUGAGGCCUCGUUUGCUAUAGUCUCAGCGGAGGAGUGCGAUCCCAAUGAUGACAUUUGUGAGAUUGGCGUGCGCAUGGAGGAGCAGCUGGCCAAACAGUUGAUGAUGUGCAAGAACACGCGUGAUCAUCAUAAAGCCAUGGGCGAUGUAGCUGGCAUGAAUCGUUUCGAGAAUCUCGCUCUUACGGUCCAAAAAGAUUUGGACUUGGUGCGCUAUACCAAGCGCAAAAAUCAAACACUGCCCAAAUUUCAUUACGAGAAGCGUUCCUUUAACAUUGUGCAUUGCAACACAGACUUAACAGACAACGAACUGGAAAUUGUAGUGGUGCGUGGCAUUAACUAUAGCGUAGCCAAUCCCAAGGAUGUGGACACCUAUGUGCGCGUUGAAUUCCCGCUGCUUAAUGAGGAAACUUUUAAGACCAAAACGAAUGUCAUUAAGGAUACAGACAGUCCGGACUAUGAUGAGCGCUUCAAGGUGGAUAUACAGCGUGGGAAUCGUCAAUUCCAACGCAUCUUUAAGCGUCAUGGCGUUAAAUUCGAAAUCUAUUCCAGAGGCUGCAGUAUUGAUUGUUGUGGACUAAGUCGUAAACUGCCCAUAUGUUGUUUCAGAGGAUUUCUGCGUUCCGAUACGCUCAUAGGCACAGUGAAUGUCAAGCUACAGCCGCUGGAAACCAAGUGUGAUAUACACGAUACCUAUGAUUUAAUGGAUGGGCGUAAGCAGGUGGGCGGCAAGCUGGAGAUCAAGGUGCGAGUGCGCAAUCCCAUACUAACGAAGCAGAUGGAGCACAUCAAUGAGAAGUGGCUGGUACUAGAUGCGUAAGAUUGAGCCUCAGCUCAACUUAGUCUAGUUUUAUCUACGCUUAUUGAAAUACGCUUUACACAGCUAUAUGUUUUAUGUAUAUUAAUAUAUAAAUAUUUAUGUAUACAAGAUCAUUGUUUAUAUAUAUGCAAAGCGCUGCGUUAGUGUAACAGUAUGUGCGUGCAAGUUCUUUGACAGCAAGUGCAAGUAAUGGCAUUUGCAAGGGCGUGAAUUAUGUCAGCAGAUAUCUAUGCGCAGCCUAAUGAGCUGGCUGCAUUUGCAAUUUAAGGCGCCUGACACUGUACUUUGUUAACAGUUUAGAAUAAAAAUAAAUUUCCUUAAAGCGCUAUAUGAUAACUUAUUGU